GUGCGGCCCUGCAUUGCAUCAAAUCAGCUGCCCCAUCACGGCCAUGCCCACGCCCGUCAUUCUGGGCCAAGGAGAACCUCGGGUGGCAGGCAGCACAGCGGGGGAGGCGGCGGUGCCAGGCCAGGAGGAAUUUGGCGAUGACAUUUACCGUCUGGCGAGGGAGCAGCCGUGGGUGGUGGCAGCAACUCAUCGAGCGGCGUGGAGGAGGGAGCCGCCAGGUGGACCACGCCUACAGCCUGCACGUCACCGCCCGCCAUGCACUAAGGGCUGUGGGCGUGCAUGACCGCCAACCAAAGACUCAGCCCAGAGGAAGAGCCAGGCCAGCACCACCACAGGGACAGAGGACGAUGAGGAGAGUGUUCCAACGCUGCUCCAACUCAAGGUUCAUAGGCCACACGCUGAGCCCUGCCAAGAUGUCCUGCCAGGUGGUCGGCCUCCACCCCUACACCUCCCACUGGUUCCUCCUGCUGCCCCACUACAAGGAUGUGCCAAGUAUGCCCUCCAGCCUGCAGUCCUUGGAUGAAACCCUCCACACUCUGACCUGUGUGUUGGCCCGCCAUGUGUACGCCCUCGGCCUCAGCAGUCUGCCGCUGGAGCGCGUCGGUGAACGGCGACUCGUCAGGAGGGGCUUCACCAAGCGCUCCGGCCUGGAUCAAUCACCUAAGAUGGAAGCCUUGGGUCUGCCUGGGUCCCUGCUGCCGCUGUGGUCACUCUCCCCGCCCCUGCCCGUGCUGCAGCCCUCAGCCCCGACCUCACCCUCAUGAACUGCUCUGACGUGAAGGAUCACUUGGUCAACAUGCUGCUGAAUAGUGGAAAGUGUGACGGUGGUGGCGGACAAGAUCGCUGGCCCUUUCCACCUUGGCCAUCCACCUCUACCACGAGUUGGCCCACCAAACACUCCACACCAAGGUUAACAAGGCCAUCAAUGUGCUCCAGGCAUACCUCAAGGUUUGGCUUUACUCCCCUCGUUGUUUUGGUGGUGUAGUAAGUGUGGGUCAGGGAUGUUGCGGGAUUCAGUUCCCCUGUCUUUUGUCCCUCCCUCAUCCCUGAUCUCCCUGUCCUUAUACCAACAAGAACCAGUCAGUCAGUCCCUCAAGGUCCGGGUAUGCGGGUGAAGUGUUUUCACCUCAAGGAACUAGACGUCCCUGCCCUGCAUAGUCUCAGGUCACCCUUGGACAAGGUGUAAUACCUGAUCUGUCUCCCGUGCCAGUGUCACGGUGAAGCCUCUGGGCAGCAGCAGUGGUGGAUUGGAUUGCAGGCAGAGGAUCUCUUUAUGAGACAAUGGCUGGAGUUCCAGGGUCCUAGUCAGCUGGACCGUGCCUAAUUAUUUAGGCCUGCGGUGUAGAGGAGUGUGGCGACCUCUUCACUAAAAAGCCUCCCUGGGAACCAGUUGUCGGUGUGAGCUCCCCGUCCCUCCCUUCUAUCGACGGUACUCCCAUCCCUAUUCUGCAUAACAGCUGGUUCUUGUUUUCUCCUGAAAG